CACGUUCCUGUCGUAUGCGCAUGCUGCUCGACCGCGGAAAAAGCGAUGAGUGAAACCCAGCCGCAGCAACGCCACGUACCUCCGAGCCGGCGGCGCGACAAGCCCAUACUAUCGUGCACCCUUUGCCGGCGUCGAAAGCUGAAAUGCGACCGUCAACAGCCGUGCAAGACAUGCGUGGACCGCGGCUUGUCACUCUCUUGCACAUACUCCCGCAAUGUCUCAACUCCCGCGGCAUCGUCUGCAACAAACACUGGUAUCAAUGUCCACGACCGUAUUGAUCAAUUGGAGAAAUUGGUAACCACACUGAUGGCUGAAAAAACCGGUGGCGGCUCCAGGAGAAUGAACACCAUUCCCAGCAUAGCCUCACCAUUUCGUCCCGAUCUCAACGAUGAGAGUGCAGAUGUUGAGGCCCCCAACACCCCUGUGCACAUGACCCUGGACAGCCAUGAGACGCAGUAUACUGAUAGUGGUCAUUGGAUGAGUAUACUCGAUAGUAUCGCUGAGCUUAAAGACGAACUUGACCAGAUAGCUUCUGAGCCACAGCCAUAUAGCCAUACAGGUGAAGAUCUUGGGCCAGAGCUGCUGCUUGGAAUCAAUACACAGGCAACGCGGCAAGACAUCAUAGCAGGUCUUCCUCCCAAAGCUGAAGCAGAUCUUCUACUCGAAAGGUAUUGGAACUUUGUGGAUGUCGCACCGACUAUCAUGCAUAGGCCAAAAUUUGUACGUGAGUACCAUGAGUUCUGGAGUAACCCAACAGAAACUCCGGUCAUGUGGAUUGGGAUGCUGUAUGGAAUCUUUGCCAUUGCUAUACGCAUACAAUCGCUCGUUGAAGAACACGACAAUGGCAUCACCGACCCAUCCCAGCGAACCUUCUCGCAAGCUCGUCAAGACCUAUAUCGACAAAAGAUCGCACAAUGUUUGGUUUUGGCUAACUACACCAAAUGUCCACCAUACACGAUGGAGACAUUCCUAUCCUACUUUGUUGUGGAAUAUCUUCGGACGCGGGAUACACAACAUGGCAUCUGGCUUCUCGUUGGGAUGCUUGUGCGGACUGCAUUCCGCAUGGGCUUGCACAGGGAACCAACAAAUAUAACUAAUAAUAGUCUCACCCCAUUUGAGGCUGAGAUGAGGCGCAGAAUGUGGUCCAUGAUUGUCCGACUGGAUCUCAUGUCGUCCGGACAAGUGGGGCUACCUCGGAUGAUCCACCCAGCGAUGACUGAUACAUUGGAGCCCCGUAACCUUAUCGACGAGGAUUUAAAAGAGGAUAUGAUCGAACUACCGCCUUCAAGACCGGACACAGAAUUUACUCCGAUGCUUUAUACAAUAAUCCGAAACCGCCUUUUAGGGGUCUUCGCGCGUAUCGUGGAUCUAGUCAACGCUAGCGAGCCGCCCACAUACCGAGAGGUCCUCGAGUUAGACGAGGUUCUGCGCGAAACCUACGAGAAUAUACCAGGAGCGCUCAAAGGAAUGGACAUGAACGACUUUGAUCCAUUUGCAGAAGGAGCCAUGUCGAUCGUGAUCCUUGCCAUGACGUUUCUGAAAGCACUGGAGAUUCUUCAUCGCCCAUUUUUGUUCUUGGCACAUGGGAACACUAGAUACGAGUACUCUAGGUCAGCUUGCAUAGAUGCCGCGCUCGAGAUCAUGGAUACUCAGCACCUUCUGGAAGUCAAAUCACGAGAAAAAAGUAAUUGGGACAAACAAUCAAUGUGGUGGACCUCCAGUUGGCGGCUAUCCUCGCUAAUGAGCCACGACUUUCUUUUGGCUACAACUCUGCUCAUCCUAGAUUUGGACCGGGAUCUCGCCAACCCGAUACCAAUCAGUCAAGUGCCUAGAGAACGCUUCAAGAGCGGACAGCCGACACGCGAUGAGAUAAUUCGAGCUUUGACCAGGGCUUACGAGUUCUGGGCACGUCUGGGACCCAAGUCAAGAGAAGCGCGAAGAGUGGCUGCCGCUGCCAAACAUGUGCUGGGGAAGGCAGGUAUCAGUGGGUUCACUCCUAGUUCAACCGUGGAAAACACCCCUCGACAAACAGAGAUCGACUUGCUGCCACAACAGCCUCUUCCUGACCCUUCGUUCUUUUUCGAUCUCCAGAACCCACAAGACCCGCUGUUACCUCUGUCGACUGAUGAUGUGCCCAUAGAUUUUGGCGAGUACGGUGAACAGUUUGAUUGGACGGGAUUCGAAUCGGCUUACUCAACGGCACCAUUCGGCGACCCCAAUAUGCGCCAAUACUUUGGUUAGAGAAAUCGGUUCUAGUCGAGAUGACGGCAAGCAACGCAUCCGUAGCUGAACAUGGACAUACACCGCUCUAGAACAAUAAUACCCCAGCCAUCGAAUCGCUAAUUUGGUCAAAAGCACAGCUGAAAUACGUCACUGCAUGUGGGACCUCGAGCUGGGUUUUGCCCAGUGCCGUGCGCUCAACCGUCUAUCCGGUUUCGCACUAAUCAACGUGCUUCGGAUGUUUCCCGACUCACCGGAUUUUCAAUGUUACAUGUCGCGCCAAAUGUCGGGUACAUGCCGUUGGUUCGGGACGGGGUCUAAGGCAUGACUACAGAGUCCUUCGGGGUCCCUUGCAGAACCCGGAAUACGGGCAUUACCCUUGCUCAUUGAUUUUCCCGUAUGUCGAUGGAAUUGGUCCCUCGAGCAAACGAUGACAUUUGUUCAUACGUACUCUAAAUCUUCCC